AUGGCAUCCCUGAGCCCCACACAUAAGACACCCCUACCAUCAAAGAUAUCAUUUUGGCGCAUGGUGUUCGAUCAAAGUGUGACCACGCAACGGAUUUUUGGACACUCAUAUCCCGGCAGUGGCACCAAACAAGACCCUUUUGUUGUGUCAUGGAUCGACGAAGAUCCGCGCAACCCCAUGCUGUUCAAAGAUACGUCUAAAUGGGCGAUAACAUCUCUCGUCUCAUUGGCCACGUUUGUGGUCGCUCUCAUCUCUUCUGCGUACUCGGGUGCCGUGGUGGAAAUUGUGGAAUACUUUCGAAUCAGCGAAGAGCUCGCGCUUGUCGGAAUCUCGCUUUAUGUGAUCGGGUUCGCCGUGGGUCCCCUCAUCUGGGCACCCCUAAGUGAGAUCUAUGGUCGUCGUCUUGUUUUCAUCCUGAGUUCUAUGUUCCUAACGGCUUUUACUGCUGGAGCCGCUGGAGCCAAAAACAUCCAAACCCUCAUCAUCCUCCGUUUCUUCGCCGGCACCUUUGGCUCCGCGCCAAUGGCUGUGUCCGGGGCUGUCAUUGCAGACUUAUUUCCUCUUAUCAUCCGUGGCUUGGCAAGUGGUCUUUUUGCUGCAGCUCCUUUCCUGGGUCCGGUCCUAGGUCCCCUUUUUGGGGGCUACAUUGCCAAAGCAAGUGGUGGUUGGCAAUGGGUCCAGGGCUUCCUUGCAGCAUUCUCUGGGGCUUUGUGCUUGGCGAUCAUUUUCUUUCUGCCAGAAACUUAUGCACCAGUGCUCCUUCAAAAGCGGGCUCGAGCACUCCAAAAAUCCACCGGCCAUGUCUAUCGCAGCAAGAUGGAUGAAAAGAGAAUGAAACCUAGCAAGGCGCUGACCGCUGCACUUUCACGACCCUGGGUUCUUCUCUUCUGUGAACCUAUCGUGUUUUUGCUCUCGCUUUACACAGCCAUUAUCUAUGGUAUCUUAUACAUGCUAUUUGCAGCAUACCCUAUCGUCUUCCAGAAUGUCCGAGGCUGGAGCGAAAGUCAGGGCGGACUCGCCUUUCUCGGGAUCCUGGUCGGCAUUCUCAUCGCAGUCGCGUAUAUUUGUCUCGCUUUCCUCGACUACAGGAAGCGCGCACUCAAGGUCUCCCCCGGUCGACUUCCUCCCGAGGCCCGCCUCCCACCCAGCUUCCCAGCAUGUAUAGCUCUGCCCAUCGGUCUAUUCUGGUUCGCUUGGACAAGUCAGACAUCGAUUCAUUGGAUGUUUCCGGUAGCCGCUGGGGUUCCCUUUGGAUUUGGGAUGGUCAUGGUCUUUCUUCCCAUUCUCAACUAUCUGGUUGAUGCUUACACGAUAUACGCCGCCUCUGUCCUUGCUGGUAAUUCAAUGCUCCGCUCCGUCUUUGGGGCGGUCUUCCCACUAUUUACAACUUACAUGUAUCGUAAUUUGGGGGUAAACUGGGCGUCCUCUAUAGCUGCUUUUCUGUCGGUCGCGUGUGCUCCGAUGCCAGUAUUGUUCUGGCUGUACGGAGCAAAGAUUCGCAAGCGCUGUCACUAUGCUGCUAAAUCUGAAGCAUUCAUGAAUCGAGUCUUUGGAGGACCGGUGACACAAGUCAAAUCAAAAUAG